AUGUCAGUAGUGCUUGCUGGUCUCGUCCUGUUAGCAUCUAUAUAUAUCCCACGCUUCAUGUUCAAGUCGCAGAUGGCGAGAUUUCCACUCAUCCUAGAGCAUCUAAGCAGCGAGCAGCGGCGAGCAAGGUUUCUCGCAGGAGCAAAAGCACUCUACAAGGAUGGCUCUCAGAAGUUUAGGGGAAUGGCUUACAGAAUGCAAACUUUAGAUGAGCAACAGAUUGUCCUUCCUCUUUCCGCAUUGACAGAACUUCGCAAAGCCCCCGAGGAGGUGCUAUCCUUCUACGACAUGUUUUCCAAAGGCCUGGAGGAAACCUACACUUAUGUCGACAUCAGAUUUCUACCCGAGGUUGUCGAUACAAUUAAGAGGGAUCUUACACCCAAGCUGACGAAGAUCACCUCAAAGAUUUGUGAUGAGGUAGAUGCUGCGCUAGACACAUACCUCCCCUCCCACGACAAGUGGACAGAGAUCAAUGUGUCAAAAACAGCUCUCGAUAUUAUUGCAAAAGUCUCAGCCCACCUCUUCAUCGGAGGCGAUGUUGCCAACGACCAGGGUUAUCUCGAAUGUACAAAGAACUUUACCGUCCAUCUGGGUGAGGCCACUAAAGCAAUCAAAGUCACGCGGGUGUGGCUCAGACCCUUCCUAGCUCCCCGACUGACAGAGGUGAAGCGUCUUCUCGAGACGAGGAAAAAGCUAAGAGGUUAUGUCAAGCGUGUGAUGGAAGAGAGAGAGGCCAAGAUCAAGGACCCGGACUGGGUACCACCGGACGACAUGAUGCAAUGGCUCCUCGAUCGAGCUGACCGGCAAAAGGACACGUUGGAAGACUGCACAGCUGCCCAAGUUCUUCUAAUACUCGGAACUAUCAAUGCAUCGAUGCAGACAUUGAUUGCCAUUUUGCAUACGCUAGCAGUGACUCCCGAGUAUGUCGAGCCGCUUCGAGAGGAGAUUCGAAACACUUUGAAUAGCGACGGAUCGAUUCCAGUCAGUGCGAUGAAGGAGUUUGGAAAAAUGGACAGUUACUUCAAGGAGGUGGGCAUGCAUUUUCCGGUCAUUAUCGAACCGUAUUUCCGCCGGGUUCGCAAGGGCUUCACUCUGUCAAACGGGCAGUACCUGCCCCCCGGCGUAGCUAUAGUCAUAGCGAACCCGCUCGUCACAGACUCCAAGUACGAUACGUUUGACGGCUUUCGACACUACAAAUUACGCGAGGCCAGCGCGCAAAAGGAUAAGCCUAACCAUCGAUGGCUUAUUGCAAAUGAAACUGAGUUCCGAUGGGGCUAUGAUAACCAUGUCUGUCCUGGCAGAUUCUAUGCGCAUAAUCUGCUCAAGAUUAUCUUUGCUAGAAUAGUCGAAAAUUACGAUAUCAAGAUGCCAGGGAAUGUUGAGGGAAUAGAGGGUAGGUACCCAAUGGUCGAACACGGGAAUGUUGUCAUGGAACCAAGAGACAAACCUCUUCUACUCAGGAGGGUUAAGAACCAUCAGGGUCGCGUAGAUUGA